UCUUGGUUUAUUCGUUAUAUUUGUAACAUCUGUAUGAAUGGAACAAUUUUUGCCAUGGUUCGUGAGAUGGAGACACAUAGGGUGCUCUUUCAUCUUAGAAUUAUAUACAUUCUGUUGUUUGUUUUGUCCGCCACCAGCAUUGCUGCACUAUGGAUUUCGUUGGAGGCUUAUACCGAACUAAAACGAUUAAAUGAAGCCAGAUGGCCAAACUUUCCCUUCACCCAUGGCGGAAACAACAGUGAGGAUGAAACACAGAGAUCCAAAAGGAACAACCUGGAGCCACCCGAAAUGUACCAAGACGUUACUUUCUCUGGCCUCUCAUCAUCCUUUGACUUUUAUUCAUUGACAAUUGAUUACAGAUUUUGCAGGAAAGUCAUCUCCGACUGUGAUCUUGGAGCUCCAGGCAUCCAUGGACCUCCUGGAUUUAAAGGAGAAAAGGGAGAGCCAGGAAUCGAUGGAAAAGGAGUAAAAGGGUGUAAAGGUGAAAAGGGUGAAGAGGGUAUACCUGGAUUGCCUGGUAAACGAGGAGACAAGGGUAUACUAGGAGAAAAAGGUGAAACAGGGCUAUCAGGAUUACCAGGUCUAAAAGGAGAAAAUGGUGACCCAGGCCUGAUGGGUAUACCAGGGUUACCCGGAGUGCCAGGAGAAAAGGGGGAGAUUGGAAACCCUGGGCCACAAGGACCUCGGGGCUACCCUGGAUACCCUGGAAAACAAGGCAACAUAGGUAAAAAAGGUGACCAAGGAGAUACUGGCCUUAAAGGGAAAAGGGGCAUCCCUGGUCGAAAAGGAGACGUGGGUUCAAAAGGAAUUAGGGGUUACCGUGGUAGGAAAGGAGACCUGGGAGAGACUGGAGUAAAAGGAGAUCGUGGGGAUGCAGGUCCUAGGGGUGAAAAGGGGGUUUCUGGUCCUAAGGGUGAGCGUGGAGAUACUGGUACAAAAGGAGAACGGGGAGAGAAGGGGUCACCAGGAAAAACCUGGUCUCCUACAUCAAACGAUACCUGUCUUUGUUCCUGUACUUAUCUGGCAUCCCCAACAGAGAAUUCGGUUUCAGAAGAGGAAAUGACUACUGAUGUUGUGGCAUGCUCACCAUCAUCUACAACAACCAGCAGUUCGACAACAACGACAACAGAUCCAACAACAACUACCAGCACAACAACCGUAGCCACUACCACAACCACUCCUAUCCCAACAACACCAAAGCCCAGGAAAAGUUAUUGUGUCAUAAAGAAAAUUGGAAUUCCGUUCUUCAAAACGAAGUCCGGGUCACAAAAGGGAUGUUGGAUGAGAGACCACUUAAUGUCUUCUCAGAAAAUCUGGGUCACAGAGGGAGUGAGCGGACAGUAUCUCACCGAGUAUUCGUCUACAGCAGAAAGCAAGGAAACAGUCAUGUAUAACUUAACUCAGUUUAUGUACCAAGGAACAGACCAUGUAGUACACAAUGGCACAUUUUGUUACCAUUGGAAAGGUACCCUGAAAAUAGUUUGUUAUGAUCUCCGUUUACGUGCUGUAGUUAUGGCAUUCGACGUGAUCAAUUCAAAUUACGAAGGUGAUACGACUUUGUACAAAGAAAGUAAUUCUUAUUUUGACUUGGAAGCAGAUGACAAUGGUUUAUGGCUGAUAUACACGGAGAAAAAUGAUCUGGAUAAUAUUUAUGUUUUGCAUUUUUACCCUGGAACCUUAAGAGAGUACAGACGUAUAAAAGUUCCUGUAAAAGUCCAGGAGUACGGAAAUGGAUUUAUAUCGUGUGGAAUUUUGUACCUGGUGUCAAGUUCUACAGUUCAAAGAACAACUAUCCAAUUUGCUUACGAUCUCUUUAAAAUGGAAUUUAUAUCAAUAUCUCUAAAUUUUAUCAAUCCUUAUGCAGGAACUUCGAUGAUAAGUUUCUUUUAUGAUAGAAAUCCAAGAAAUUGUAGAAUAUUAGGCUGGGACAGUGGGCGCCUGAUUGAUUAUCAAAUACUUUUUCGAUGACAUGCACCUGUAUAACAGAGCGUCACUAAUAAGGGGUUUAUUUCUGUUAGACUGAUACAUCCUUAAUCUUUUAAUAUGAAACUGAAAUUAUUUGCUAAUGUAUUGAUUGGUAUAAGGACAUUUGCAAAACACCAUGCUGACUGACCUUGACAACUUUUUGGCCUUUUAUUUAUACAUGUGUAUUGUAUCUUUCAUUGAAGGGUGAGGAUGAGAUAUUUAAAAUUAAAAAAAAGUUUGAAAUCGAGUUUAAAUCAUUCAUAUCCUAAAUGUUGCUACUACGAGCGACAUAUUUAAUAUACGGCUUGAU